AUGGCGGACGAUGAAAUGGAUGGUGAGGCAAGCAGCAGCUGUUGUGAAAGCAUUGAUGAUGAUAAUUAAAAAACAACAGCACUGGCAGAAGAAGGUAAAAAUGACGAAGGAUUCAAUUCAGACGCUUAUUUGCAACAGAUGUGCACCUUUGAUGAAUCUUUUGGUGAUGUUAGAGGACCACUGCUACUUGACGAAGUUCCUGAAGAAGUGCAGAAGGAAGUCAGGAGAAAGAAAGCGGACCGGACGAAACUAAAGAAAAGCGAUCAAGUUGUGAAACUUGUGGAAGUUCAAGUAAGUCUUUUUGUUUCAGCGUUUGAUAUUCAAUUGAACUUGCAGCAUUAUACGAAAGACGUGAUAAGCAUGCAACAGCUACGUUGGGGUAUGAGUGAAAAAUGA